CACAAACACACACACACACACACAUAUUUACACACACACAAACACACACACACACACAUAUUUACACACACUGAGUGUUAGAGGUAACUGCUCACUCUUGUGGUGUUCAGCACUUCAGAUGGGAUCCUCUUAUAAACACAGAUGUGUGGGACUGCUGAUAUCUGCUGAUAUGUGCUGAUAUCACUCUGCAGUGUCGCCUGUAAGCUUCUCACUGUGCUUUAUUCCAAGACAAUAAGCAGUAGUCUGGUGUAAAGCUGUGUUAGCUGAAACUGGACUGGGGGAAGCUGGGCCUGAGCCAAAAUGGCGUCCCAGCCUGGCAGAGUGGGUUAUACAGCUGCUCUACUAAUCUCUUAAUCAGUGAGACACAGAUGAGGAGAGACAUGCCUGCAUUACCUCUCCCUCUCUCUCUCUCUUUCACCCUCAUUCUGUCCCUCUCUGUCUGCCUGUCUCUUUCUUUCUUUCUUUCUUUCUUUCUUUCUUUGUCUACAUAUUUUUUCUGCCUUUUUCCUUUCUCUUGCCCUGCCCUAUCUUUCCCUCUUUCUCUUUCUUCCCCGAUCUGUACAUUCUGUCUACCACCAGCCUUCCCUCACUGUGUCAGUCUCCAUCUGUCACUCUGUGGAUGAGUGUGACAUGUAGAUGUUCUGCCACAUGAGUGUUAGUCAUGCCACUCAGAGCUAUAUAUGUGUGUGUGUGUGUGUGUGUGUAUGUGUGUGUGUAUGUGUGUGUAUGUGUGUGUGUGUAUGUGUGUAUGUGUUUGUAUAUGUAUGUAUGUGUGUGUGUGUGUGUGUGUGUGUGUGAGACGUAGCUUUAUAAUAAUGUUUGAGCUGUUGUUGUGUUCCAGUUGCCGUGCCAGUAACAGGAAGAGUCUGAUCCUCACCUCGACUUCACCCACUUUACCUCGUGCUCACUCUCCUCUGCCUGGACACCUCGGAAGCAGCCCGUUGGACAGCCCUCGCAACUUCUCUCCCAGCAAUCCGGCUCACUUCUCCUUCACCGCCUCCUCCAGACGGGAUGGUCGCCGCUGGUCUCUGGCUUCUCUUCCUUCUUCCGGUUAUGGCACCAACACACCCAGCUCAACGUCGUCCAGUUCGUCUCAGGAGCGUCUGCACCAGUUGUCCUAUCAGCCCUCCAUGGACGAGCUGCUCUUCCUGUCCAAACACUUCGGCAGUAAUGAGAGCAUCACGGAUGACGACGGGGGGCGGAGCUCUCCACACACACGCCCACGCUCACGCAGCCUUAGCCCCGGGAGAUCUGCUUCCUGCAUCGACAACGAGAUCAUGAUGAUGAACCAUGUGUACAAAGAGCGCUUCCCGAAGGCGACGGCUCAGAUGGAGGGGCGUUUAGCAGACUUUAUCCACUCGUUCUGUCCGGACAGCGUGCUCCCUCUGGCUGACGGGGUCCUGAGCUUCAUCCACCACCAGAUCAUCGAGCUCUCCCGAGACUGCCUGAACAAAUCCCGAGACGACCUCAUCACCACCGUAUACUUCUACGAGCUGCAGGAGAACCUCGACAAACUGCUGCAUGAUGCAUACGAGCGGUCAGAGAGUUCAGAGCUGACCUUCAUCACUGAGCUGGUGAAGAAGCUCCUCAUCAUCGUCUCUCGCCCAGCACGGCUCUUGGAAUGUCUGGAGUUUAACCCAGAGGACUUUUACCACCUGCUAGAGGCAGCCGAGGAUCACGCCAAAGAGGGACACCUGAUGAAGACGGACAUCCCACGCUACAUUAUCAGCCAGCUCGGCCUGACCAGAGACCCUCUGGAGGAAAUGGUCAAUCUGGAGAGUUAUGACAGCGAGGGACCCCUCACACCCGAGACGGACGACUCUACAGAGGGGAAGAUGAAGGUGAUGAAGCCUCCCGGAGAAGCCGACUUCCAGACCAUCAAACUGAUCAGCAACGGUGCAUACGGGGCGGUGUACCUGGUGCGUCAUCGGGAGACCCGUCAGCGUUUCGCCAUGAAGAAGAUCAACAAGCAGAACCUGAUCUUGAGGAACCAGAUCCAGCAGGCCUUUGUGGAGAGAGACAUCCUCACGUUCGCCGAGAACCCAUUCGUGGUCAGCAUGUUCUGCUCCUUCGAGACCCGCAGACACCUCUGUAUGGUCAUGGAGUACGUGGAAGGAGGAGACUGCGCCACACUGCUGAAGCACAUCGGAGCUCUGCCUGUAGAGUUGGCACGCAUGUACUUUGCAGAGACCGUCCUUGCUCUCGAAUACAUCCACAACUACGGCGUGGUGCACCGAGACCUCAAACCUGACAAUCUGUUGAUCACAUCUAUGGGACACAUUAAACUGACGGAUUUCGGUUUGUCUAAAAUGGGUCUGAUGAGUCUCACAACAAACCUGUAUGAGGGCCACAUCGAGAAGGACACCAGAGAGUUUCUAGAUAAACAGGUGUGUGGCACGCCCGAGUACAUCGCCCCAGAGGUGAUCUUACGGCAGGGGUAUGGGAAACCUGUGGACUGGUGGGCCAUGGGCAUCAUCCUCUAUGAGUUCCUGGUGGGAUGUGUGCCUUUCUUUGGGGACACACCUGAGGAACUGUUUGGCCAGGUUAUCACAGAUGACAUUGUGUGGCCUGAAGGUGAUGAAGCACUCCCAGUCGACGCCCAGCACCUCAUCUCUGCCCUGCUGCAGACCAACCCACUGCUCCGCCUGGGCACAGGAGGUGCAGUAGAAGUGAAGCAUCAACCGUUCUUUGCUGAUUUGGACUGGAACAGUUUACUGAGGCAGAAAGCUGAGUUUGUACCUCAACUCGAAUCGGAGGAGGACACCAGCUACUUCGACACACGUUCAGACCGUUACCAUCACAUUCACUCGUUUGAUGAAGACGACACCAACGACGACGAGCCCGUCGAGAUCCAUCGUUUCUCCUCCUGCUCCCCUCGCUUCAGCAAGGUGUACAGCAGCAUGGAGCACCUAUCCCAGCUGGAUCACAAGCCUGUGGUGACCCGCCGGGAGCCGAGAGGUCAUCGGGAGGACCGGGCAAAGAGGGAGAGCCUGGGCAGCUUCACUCUGAGAGACAAAACAUGGAGGACUGGCUCUCCUGAGAUGAAGCGCCUGUCCUGCUCAGAGUACUCCUUCACCGAGUCCGACUCCAGUCCCCCUGGUGUCCGCCGCCGUUUUUCUGCUCUCAUGGACACACACCGCGUCUCUUCUCCUCUAGAGACGGACACGGACACACACAUUCGCCACGCGCCGGUCAAAACCAGAGGGACGUCGCUAGAGGGCGCAACGAUGGCAUCUGGCUCAGGUGUGGGCGCCGCCGAAUCCUCCACUGCGGCACCGGCGGCACAUGGAUUAGAUAAACUCCUGAAGCCUGCAGACGCAGCUGUGACGUCAGCACCGUUUGGACCCAGGGCCCCGAGUGACGUGGUUCUGCGGCGAGCGCGACAUCAACACCUCUCUACUGAUGGAGAGAAACACACUCAGACUCGCUCGGGCACCAAGGUCAUAAAGUCAGCCUCUGCCUCAGCCUUAUCCGUCAUUAUACCCGCAGUGGAGCAGCAUGGGACGUCCCCAUUGGCCAGCCCCAUGUCUCCCCGCUCCAUAUCAUCCAACCCGUCGUCCCGCGACUCGUCCCCCAGCCGGGACUACUCUCCAUCCGUCAGCACUCUGCGCUCUCCCAUCACCAUCCAGCGCUCGGGGAAGAGGUACGGCUUCACGCUGCGCGCCAUCCGAGUCUACAUGGGGGACACCAACGUCUACAGUGUCCACCACAUGGUCUGGCACGUGGAGUGUGGAGGCCCCGCCCAGGAAGCAGGUCUGUGUGCCGGUGACCUCAUCACACACGUGAACGGAGAGUCUGUGCACGGGCUGGUUCAUACAGAAGUGGUGGAGCUGAUUCUGAAGAGUGGGAAUAAAGUGACCGUGACCACGACUCCGUUCGAGAACACGUCCAUUAAGAUCGGACCGGCGCGAAAGCCCAGCUCCAGGGCCAAGAUGGCACGACGCAACAGGAAAUCCAUCACCAAGGAGGGACAGGACAGCAAGAAGCGAAGCUGUUUGCUCCGUAAGAUCACUAAGCAGUCGAACCUGCUCCACACCAGCCGCAGUCUUUCAUCUCUGAAUCGCUCGCUGUCGUCCGGUGACAGUCUUCCAGGCUCUCCCACUCAUGGCCUGUAUGCCCGCUCACCCCCUGACUCCGCCCACCUCGGCAUGUCGUCCCAGAGCAGCUCCCCGGCGUCCUCCACUCCGAACUCUCCAGCUACGUCUCAUCACAUGCGCCCAAGCUCUCUGCACGGCCUGUCCCCUAAACUGCAGCGGCAGUUCCGCUCGUCUCGCUGUAAAUCAGCCGGGAGCGUCCCUCUCUCCCCACUGGCACACACUCCCUCACCGAGCACACCCAGUGCCACACCCGCUUUCCCCGCCAAGCUGCACUCCUCGCCGCCAAUAACACGGCCCCGCUCACCUCUCCUCACACGGGUGCAGUCGACCGAGAAGCCAGCUCCGCCCUCUCCCCCAUUGUUUGCCUCCUUUCCAUCGACAGCGGAGAAAAAAGGUGGCCUGAGGAAACAUGGCGUGGAGGAAUACCGCAUGCUGCAAAGCCUGCUGGAGAUCGAAGGUGAGAACACACUCUCAGACACGCUCCAGAUGACAAACAAGCAGGACUCGCCUCCCGUUCCUGACUCGACACUAAGCAAGAAGGACAAACCGUCUGAAGUAACAGGAACAACAAGUUCUUCUCAAACGCACGAUUCCGUCAAAGCCAUAACUACGGCAAAGCAAGACAAAUUUGCGUCAAAGAGCCCGGCUAUGCAGGCUUCAACCUCCGAUGUGAAAGAAAAACCUGGAGGAAAGAUGCCAUUACUGAGCAUAGACACUGUUGUGCCAAAAACACCAGACUGGCAGGCUGAGGGUGGAAAAGAGCGAGAAAAAGGAAAAGCAGCAUGGGAGAAUGACUCGAAAACUAAAUCUGGGCUCGUGGAAUUGGGCAAGUGUGUGAAAACCCCCCAAACAGUAGAGGUCAGAGUGGAAGUCGGGAGCGGAGGUGGCAAGUGCAAGGCUAAAGCUCCAGCACCUCCAGUGACGGACGCAGGUGUACUCCAAAUGAAAUCCAAAGAGGAGAAGAAUUCGGUCCAUUCCGGUUCGAUCCGAACCCUCCGAGACGAGCGCUCUCACUUGGAGGUUUUGGAGGAAAGCCCGGCUUCCCCGUCUCCUUCCACUCCAUCUCCCAGCACUGGAAAAUCCCGCACAAUCUCCCCCGGUGACCGCUCGAGCUUCGUCACUCAGCUCACCAGCGUGGCCAAAACCGUGCUCGGGCCCAUGAAGUUGGGAUCACAGGACGGGGGGAAAGGGAAGGACUCGAGCACCAAAAUGAGCGAGGACAAGCGGGCUGGGACGUUGGGCAAAUCCGAGGCAUCAUCUGGGGCCUGGCGCAUAGCUACGGGAACGUGGCCUGGACCAGGAUCCUCCAAAUCGAAGAGCUCUAACAAGCAUUCCUGA